AACCUACAUUGUGCCACGGAUUCAAUAGUUUGGUUGUCGCUACCGUAUCAACCCACCAACUCGAAAACCCAUCAUUAUCUCACAAUAUCAGCUUCAGAAAGAGAGAAAAGUUUUGAUCUUUUGUGCCCUUGACGCUCCUAUACUGCAUUGUGGAGAUUGUAAGGAGAAUUUGUAUGUAGUUUUCAAAAUGACCGUUGUGAGAUCAAUUUGAGAAGAAAAAGACACGAAGAUGAGGGACCCUGAUACAGUCAUUAUCAAACGCGGUUAAUUUAUAUAUCUUUGUAAUGUAGUUUGUGAUUUGUAGGGAAAAUAUUACAUUUGCGGUUUGUUGUACCAAAAACAAGUGUAGUUUCUUUCUUGUUGUUCUAGCGUGUUUGAAGGGGGUGCUUUGUAUGGGAAAACGUGGCGAUUUUGUAUAGCGUCCUGGCUAUUGGAAGAUAUAAUUGCUACCUCCACCACUGCGGCUUUUGGUCCUUCAAGCAAUGGGGGGUAGAUGGAAUCCAAUUGGGUUCCAGUUCUACUGCUUCUUAAUUUCGAGUUUUUGUCUCAUGAUUCAAGGGACUUUGUCCCUUAACCCCGAGGGAUUGGCUCUGUUAGAAUUCCGGACGAGAAUCAGGUCUGAUCCUAAUGGUGCUGUUGCCAGUUGGAAUCGCAAUGAUAGCAAUCCCUGCAUGUGGUUUGGGGUUCGAUGUGUAGACGGUAAAGUGCAAUUGCUGGAUCUGAGUGAUCUUUCUUUGGAAGGAAAUUUGGCACCUGAACUCGGGAAACUUCACAACCUAAGAUCUCUCGUGCUCUGUAAAAAUCGGUUCUCUGGUACAAUUCCAAAGGAAUUUGGAGGGCUUACAGAGCUGGAGCUAUUAGAUUUAAGGGACAAUAACUUGGGUGGAAGAAUUCCCGAAGAGUUAGGCAGUUUGCUGUCUUUAAAACGCUUGUUGCUUUGUCACAAUAAAUUUGAAGGCAGAAUUCCUUUGGAUCUUGGGAGGCUCAACAUGCUCUCUGAAUUGCAAUUUGAUAUAAGCCUUACUUAUUCUGCGGAUAGUGGAAUUGGCUGUUUGAAUAGAAAGUUUGGACACUGCAUCUGGAAUAGCACUUUGAAACAACUAAACAAGGCGGAAUCUUUCUUCAUCCCAAUUAAAGGAGCAAUUUUACGUUACCUCAACUUGUUGCCACUGCACCUGUUCAAGUUGCAAAAGAACUCACUGGGGGGAUGUCAAAACUGUGCUGAUGUUAUUGGUUCAUCUGAGCAACACAUGGUGCAGAAUGUAAGGAAUAUUGUCCACAUUGUACGUCGUAGACUGCUGGAGCAGACCCAGAACCUUCCAGCCGUGCCUGCUGAGGGGGAGUCAACUGCUGAUCAGAUCAUUGCUAUCCCAAUAACCAGAAGCAGCGGAAGUUUCCCAGCUGUGCCUAAAGAAACAAAUACAGAGUCUCCACCUACACCACAUGAUCCUCCAGUACAAGGGACAACUUCAGGCCAGUCUCCUCAAACCUCUGCUGGAGCCAGUCAACAGCCUUCAACGCCUGGGAAUUUAUGGAAAUAUCUCAUUAUCAUUCCUUGUGUGGCUAUCUUUCUCAUUUUUCUAAUCAUAUUCAUCCUAUGCCGAAAACAAGCAGCAAAAGCCAUAUGUCCCUGGAAAACAGGAAUAAGUGGACAAUUACAGAAAGCAUUUAUCACAGGGGUGCCAAAGCUGAACCGAGCAGAGCUGGAAACAGCCUGUGAGGAGUUUAGCAAUAUCAUUGACACCAUAGAUGGUUGUACCUUUUACAAAGGAACACUUUCAAGUGGAGUUGAGAUUGCUGUGGCAUCGACUUCUAUUAAGUCUUCCAAAGACUGGUCAAAGAACUCAGAGCUUGCCUACAGGAGAAAGAUUGAUACACUAUCACGAGUUAACCACAAGAACUUUGUCAAUCUUAUUGGCUGCUGUGAGGAGGAUGAACCUUUCAGUAGAAUGAUGGUGUUUGAAUAUGCUCCUAAUGGAAACCUAUUUGAGCAUCUACAUGUUAAAGAAAUGGAACAUCUUGACUGGAAUGCAAGGAUGAGGAUUGUCAUGGGGAUAGCUUACUGUCUUCAGUAUAUGCACCAUGAUCUUAACCCUCCUGUAGCACACUCACACCUGACUUCAAGUGCAGUCUAUUUAACUGAUGAUUAUGCUGCAAAGGUUGCAGAAACAUCCUUUGGUCCACAUAAGUCAAAGAUUUCCAGUGAUGAUGGAUCAGAGCAUUCAGAAUUGCCACCCAAUGCUGAUCCAGAAACAAAUAUCUAUAGUUUUGGAAUCUUGUUGCUCGAAGUCAUUUCUGGAAAGCUUCCUUACUCAAAAGAACUCGGACCUCUUGAGAAAUGGGCUUCUCAAUAUCUGAACGACAAGAAGAGCAUCACCUACAUGGUUGAUCCAACCCUCAAAUCCUUCAAGAACAAUGAGCUGGAUGUCAUCUGUGAUAUUAUACAAGAAUGCCUCCAAACCAAUCCAAUGCUGAGACCAACGAUGAAGGAUAUCGUAUCCAAAUUGAGAGAAGUGAUUACCAUCACACCUGAUCAAGCCACCCCAAAACUUUCCCCACUCUGGUGGGCUGAGCUUGAGAUUUUAUCAGUGGAGGCAACUUAACUAAGAACAUUCUCUGACCCUCUUCUGUGUUGUAAGUCAAAAGUCUCUCUUUGUUUUGUUCUGUAUUAAAAAAAAAAAAAAAAAUCCCAAGGAAUAGCAUUUUGAUCCAUGCUCCCCUCAGAUCAACAAGUUCCUUACACUUCUUUCAUUUUGAGUCUCUUUAUUUCCUUACACACAUACGUAUCUUUUAUUCAAUUUUUUUCAUUUCUCUCCAACAAUAAAGACGUGUUCAUAUUUAUACUAGUUGUACUUGUAUAUGUGUCCUGGGGUCAGAGUCUGCGUUGUAAAAUACUAAAAUAGAGUCUGGGGCUUUCC